AUGAUUGGUAGAAAUGCAUAUGCUAGAAUUCAUUCAGGAGGAAGGUUGGUUGAGAACACUGAGAGAGCCGGUCAUCUUCCAACUAAACAACAGCUUAGCAGGAUCUCAGAUCAUUUAGAUGAUCGAUUUGAUUUUGUGGCCGGGGACAACAGGGUGAACGAGCAACCUUUCCUCACCUCCAUGCACACCCUCUUCCUCAGGGAGCACAACAGGCUGGCGGGAAUACUAGAGCGUGAACUCAACACAGCCAAUGAUGAAUUAAUCUAUCAGUCCGCCAGGAAAUUGGUGAUAAUUGAACUUCAGAAUAUAAUCUACAAGGAGUUCUUGCCUCUGCUACUGGGGCGGAGAACAGCGGACAAGUAUAAGCUGACAAUUGAACCUGAGACUACUGUCUACAACCCGGCAGCUAAUCCUAGUGUUCUAAAUGAAUUCGCCACUGCUGCCAUGAGAUACGGUCAUUCUAUGAUCAACAGUCUGUUUAAGGUAAUUAUCAAGAUCAGGAUUAAGAUCAGGAUCAGAUCAAGAUCAGGAUCAAGAUUUAUUGUCUUUAUUUGGCAGAAAAGGACAAGUAAGACAAGAAAAAUUAAGAAGAAAAACAAUGUUGGAAAGUUAAAAAUUGUGCUCUGCUGUCUAGGGCUCCUGAAUCAGAACGCCCAGAAGGUUGAUGGUAGUUUUGCAGAUGAACUGACAAACCAUCUUUUUCAAGAACAUUCCCCUAAAAAACAAACCAAGUUUGGAGGUGAUCUAGUAGCUAGAAACCUACAGAGAGGAAGAGAUCAUGGACUAGCUGACUACAAUACAUACAGGAAAAUCUGUAAUUUGCAACCCUUGACCUCGUUCCAGCAAAUCCCUGCAGAAAUUAAACCCGAGAUUUGGCAAAGGUUUCAAUCCUUGUACAAGAAUAUAAUUAUCUAUCUA